AUGUCGCUGAAAAAGUUUGAAACCAUACGCAGAUACAUCCAUUUUGCUGAUAACUCUUGUCCAGAUUCCGAUCGCUACUUUAAAGUAAGACCUUUUGUAGAGAAGGUGAGGAGAAACUUAGCCACCGAAGAAGAAAUGAGAUAUAGUAUUGACGAGAUGACCAUACCGUAUAAAGGCAAAAAGGCGGGUAACAGGAGACAGUACAAUCCCAUGAAACCCAAUAAAUGGGGUUUCAAAAACUUCGUCCGAGCAGGCAUGUCAGGAAUUGUGUAUGACUUCCUGCUUUAUGGAGGUGAAGACACAUUUAGAUAUGUCCAGUUUUCACAAGCCGAAGAAACCUUAACCCUAGGAGCUAAAGUUGUCGUUGCUUUAUGCAAGACAAUACAGACGAGAGCCUGCGUCGUGUAUUUUGACAAUUAUUUCUCGACUCUAGAUUUGGCAAUACACCUUAGAGACGAAUGUGGUAUAUUUAGUUUAGGCACUAUACGCCAAAACAGGCUAAAAGGUUGUGACAAACUACUGAUGAGUGAUAAAUCUUUAAAAAAGAAAGGUAGAGGUUCUUAUUGCCAAGUCGUUGAUAAUACCAAUAAGAUAGCAAUAGUUAAAUGGUACGACAAUAAGGUGGUCACUCUAAUCAGUACGUACGCUGAUGCUUACCCUGUAGGAAAAAUAAAGAGAUACAGCAAAGAAAUGAAAGCUCGAGUUGAUGUGGACUGUCCAGAACUUAUAAAGCAUUAUAAUAAUCACAUGGGAGGCGUCGAUCUCGCAGAUAUGCUGGUUGCAUUGUACCGGACUACUUAUAAGAGCCGUCGUUGGUAUACUGCAAUCUUUGCUCAAAUGCUCGACAUUUGUGUGAACAACGCAUGGCUAGUUUAUCGCAGAGAUUAUAGUAAUCGGGCAGUGAAGCAUAUGCCUUUAAAGUCUUUUCGGUGCCAAUUAGCAAGAGAGUUACAGAAUAAAAGUAGAUCUCGUAUUUCUGUAAACAACAAUUGUAAAACAGAUGACAGUGUCCGAUAUGAUAGUAUUGGCCAUUUCCCUAGUUUUGGAGAGUCAUACGGUCGCUGCAAACUAUACUGA